AUGGAUCAAGAUAAUCAGAAUAAGGAUGUGGAAAUGCUCGAUGAAGAAUUCAAUGAUACCGAUGAUGGGAUAAUAGAGACCUCACAAUCAAAUGAUAACCUACAAGACAAACCUAACAGUACAACAAAAUCUACAACAACAACAACUGAAAAACAAUCAAAAGCAGAGAAAUCAAAACAGAGGCAACAAUCACUAUCUGCAGCUGCAGCUGCAAGUGCUGCCGCUGCACCAUCAUUAAUACCUGACCUACCUGAACUCACACGUAAAGAUAAAACUUUAAAAGAAGUAUUAGAUAUGAUGGAUGAUGAAUUUGCACCAAUAAUACCAGAUGCAGUAACAGAUUAUUAUUUAGCCAAAAAUGGAUUUGAAUCAUCAGAUAUUAAAAUUAAAAGACUUAUAGCAUUAGCAACUCAAAAAUUUAUAAGUGAUAUAGCUCAAGAUGCUUAUGAAUAUAGUAGAAUUCGUAAUGCAAGUGCUGUUUAUAAUUCUUCAAAUCCUCAAGUUAGAGCAAAACAAUUAUUACAAGGUCAACAAUAUGCAAAUCAACAAUCAUUAGCUGGGAAUAGUAAUAACAAUAAUUCUGAAAAUAAUGAUCAACAAAAUACUCAACAAUCUCAUUCUACAGCUGGUAAUCAACAAGGUAAAGUAGUUUUAACAAUGGAAGAUCUUAGUAAUGCAUUAAGUGAAUAUGGUAUGAAUGCAUCAAGACCAGAGUUUUAUAGGUAA